UUAUAUGGUAAAAGAAGCUCGUUUAACUUUUUUUGUAAUUCUGGUGACGUUGCAGCUCAAGACUGACUUCAGUUCAAAUUCUAGCUCUCUAUCGGGUACAGUAAUCAGGUGAUGAAAUGAAACUACGAAUAAAGGAGAAUUGUAAUGUUUCAAAAAAAAAAACCUGAUGGGCCUUCGAAUCAGCACAAAUGGGCCUUGGGAUUAAAACAAAAAUGGGCCUUGAGUUUUUGUUCAUUUGAUCAUUUUCGUUCGCCGGCGGCGGAUGGAGUGUGCUGCGCGUGGCUUCGCGACGCGGUGCGUUGGCCGACCGACGAGGAGGUGUGGCAAUUGUGGCGCCGUGGCGUAUUGCUCCGUCUCUCACCAGAGUUCGCAUUGGAGGUAUCACAAGGAAGAGUGCGAGAGACUAGAAGAGCAAAUGCGUCGUGUUGAUCUUUUAAACGAGUUUCCAUUUACAUUCACAGAAGAAGCUACAGUCCAGAUUAGUCAGAAGGAAGAGAGCAGGUGCUCCUUCCUCACCAAAAGGGGAUUACAUCAUGCUGGAAUGUGGAUGUUUGAGUGCAAAUGUGGCUCCUCCUCUGUUACUUUCUCGGCUUAUGAUAGGUUUAGAAAUGAAGGUUGGCAUCUGCCAAGCUCUUCUUGUCCAUGCCGUGGCCCUUUGUCUCCAGUAACAAGCCAGCUAUGUAGUUGGAAGGAUUAUUACGAGUGGAGACAGAUACCUCUUGAUUCUCCUGUUGCUCUUCUUCUCCACUGGCCACUUACAAUAUAUCAUGCAGUCCAAGCCAUUGGGAUUGAAAACUUGACUCCCCGGAUAAGUGAUGAACUUCGUAUACAUUAUCUUGGCCCUCAGAAAGAGCUUGGCCAACUUGGAGUCUUUGCUGAGCUGCGAGCGCUCUUCCCUGGUCUGCGCAUUCGUUUACAACUGGUUGGACCUGAUGUUCCACAACAUAUGGAUGGAGAGAUAAUCUCCCUCUGCGGCUAUGCCCCUUGCAUGGAAGAAGAAGAAUGUGGUUGUCAAUGUUCAAGUCAAAUUCUCAAACACAAUAACAAAUCGUCUGAGUCUUCAGCUGUGUCGUUACAGCUUUAUCGAGGGUUUUAUCAUGAUCGUUACAGUGACAUAGCAAAGGAUUCACCUCCUCCUCACAUAGUGAUUGCUCCAAACGCAGGCAUCGCAGCAUAUCCGAGCUGGUUGCCAACUAUUGAACUAAUAAAAGAGAUGAAAGUCCCAGCUGUGUUUUCUGAUUACUGUGAAGAAGCUUGUCAUCUUGCGGCUUGUUGCAUUAGAACCAUCACAGGGCAACCUCUCUCGUUACCUAUUGGGUUAAACCCAUUCAGACAGCCAAUGAUGGUAGAAGAGAGUUCUCUGUUUAUCCCUUGCUACUCAAACUGCUUCAUCUUCGCAAUCUAAACUCUCCAAAAAAGCAAUGGAUCGUCUCAUCGUCACUAGUUUAGGCGUUGUGGUCUACAUUUUGGGAGGAAAUGAUUGUUAUCUGUACAAUGAUUACGCUUUGUUUGGUAGUUGUGGUUAUUUAUGUGGAUAAGGAACAGCAGCAUCUGUAUACCAUCAUUGUAGUCAUUUAAUUCUUAGGUGAACAUUUAUCUUCUCCCCAUCAUGUAAUGUUUCUACUAAUUUUUUUUUUGCAAUCAUUAUGUUUUAGUAGA